AUGCAAUCACGUCUGCUGCAACAACAUGUCUGCAGCAACAACACGCUGCUGCAACAACACGCCUGCUCCAACAACACGCUUGCUGCAACAACACGGUCUGCCGCAACAACAGUCUGCUGCAACAACACGUUUGCAACACACGCCAUGCUGCAACAACAGCCUGCCCAACAACCACCGCCAGCUGCCAAACAACACCACGUCUGCUGCGAACAACACGUCUGCAGCUACAACAGCCUUGCUGGCAACAGCACCGCCUGCAGCAACAACUCGUCUGUGCGACAACACGUCUGCUCUGCAACAACACGUACUGUUGCGACAACACACCUGCUGCGACAAAAAAAUACACGCCUGCUGCAACAAGCCAGCUCCAACAACACGCCUGCUGCAACAAAACGUCUGCUAGCAAAAACACGCCUGCUGCACAACACGCUGCAGGCAACAACACGUCUGCUUCGACAACACGUCUGCAGCAACAAACAAGUCUGCGUGCGACAACACGACUGCUGCGACAAACGUCUGCUGCAACAACAGGUUGCUGCGGACAACACCGUCUGCUGCAACAAUCGUCUGCAACAACACGUUUGCUGCAGACAACACCGUUCUGCUUGCAACAACAGUCAGGCUGCAACAACAGGUCUGCUGCUAAAACAGUCUGCUGAACAAACGUCUGCUGCAACAGACACGUCUGCAAAACACAUCUGCCUGCCCAAACACGUCGGCAACCAACACAUCUGCUGCAACAACCCGUCUGCAACAUCAGUUGCGGCAACAACCCACGUUUGCAAACAACACAUCUGCUGGCAACAACAAGUCUGCGCAUCAACAGUCUGCUGCAACAACACGUCUGCUGCAAAAAAACAGUCCUGCUGCAACAACAACGUCUUGCAACAACACAUCGGCGGCAACAACAUCGUUGCAACAACAAUCUGCUGCAACACACGUUGCUUGCAACAACACGUCUGCUUGCAACAACACCACGUCUGCAGCAACAACACGUCUGCUGCAACAGUACGCCUGCUGCCACAACACGUUCUGCUGCCAACAAAUGCACGCUUCUGCAACAACACGCCUGCUUGCAAAAACAACACAACUGCAAACAAACUCGUCUGCGGCAACAACACGUCUGCUGCAACACACACGGUCUCGCUGAAACACCCAGUUUGCACAAACAACUGCGGCAACAACACGUCUGCUGCAACAACACGUCUGCUAGCAACUAACACGCUGCUCCAACCAACCCGCCUUGCAUGCCACGACAACGGUCUGCUGCAACACACCCUGCUGCAACAAACACGUCUGCUGCAACAACCGCUCUGCUGCAAAACACGUUUUGCAACAAAACAUCUGCUGCAACAAACAGUCUGCAGCAACAACACGCAUGCUCCAACAACCACGCUUGCUGCCACAACACGUCUGCUGCACAAACAGCCUGCUUGCAACAACCGCCUGCUCCAACAACCACGCCUGCUGCAACAAACACGUCUGCUGCAACAACACGUUGCUGCAACAAAACCCCGUUCUGCUGCAACAACACGUCUGCUGCAACAAACAGCGUCUGCAGCAACAACACGCCUGCUGCAAACAGCACGCCUGCAGAACAACACGUUGCUAGCCCGAAACAGUCUGCUGCGACAACACGUUUGCUGCGACAACAGCUGCUGCAACAACACGCCUGACUGCCACAACGCCUGCUCCACCAACACGCCUGCUGCAACAAUUCCGUCUGCGCAACAACAACACGCCUGCUGCGACAACACGUCUGCAGCCACAACACCGUCUUUGCUGCAAACAACACGUCUCUGCGACUCGACCCACGUCUGCUGA